GUGUCACACCCUCAUCAGUCUCAAUAUCACACAAUCUUUCAAGUCCAAAAAGAAAAAGGAAAAAAAAAACAACCAAGCAAAAUCAGUUGAUUAAAAAUUAGUCGUACUUUUUAUUACCACCAAUGGCUUCAGAACAAGCAAGAAGAGAACACAUUGUUGAUGAACAUCAAAUCCAAAUCAAGAAAACAAGAGACCCUAAAAGGGGUACUAAUGUAAAAGUCCAAGUUGGAACUGAUUUUCACCUUGCUGGUCCUGGUGCAAUUCAUAUCACAAAUGCUGCUACUAGUAAAAGUGAUGGCUCCGCCACUGAGCCUACUCCUGGUGCUCAUGAUAAACAUGAGAAGCAUUCUUUUGGUCAUCAACAACAUCAGAAGCACAAGCAACAACAUGGAUUUGAAGAGAGGCCAGGGGGUGUAAAGUUUGAAGUGCAUGGCCAGAGACAGAAGGGUACUGAUGAUACAAAGCACAAAAGCCAAAUGGAGCAGUCCACAGAAGCGGCAUUGCAUAAUGCAAGUCAGGGACUUGGUUCCGCAGGUUCUUAUGCAACAGAAAAAGGUGCACAAGCCAAAGACAGUAUGACACGCGGCGUUCAAAGUGGAUAUGACUAUGUUGCUGACAAGGCUGGAGCUGCUAAAAACACAGCCCUUGAUAAAGGUGCUUACGGAACAGCAAAAGGUCGACAAGCCAAAGACAGUAUGACACAUGGCGGUCAAAGUGGAUAUGAGUAUGUUGCUGAUAAGGCUGGAGCUGCUAAAAACACAGCCCUCCAGAAGGGCGAGCAAGCUUAUGCUGCUACUACAGACACCCUCUCAAAUGCAGGACAAAAUGUAGUUCAAUCAGCACAACAAGCUAAAGAUUAUACUCUUUCAAGAGCAGGUCAAACUGCAGAUUAUGCUAAAAACACAGCACUUGAGAAAGGUCAGCAAACUUAUGCUGCAUCUAAAGAUACCCUUUCUAGUGCUGGACAAACUGCAGCUCAAUCAGCCAAAAAGGCUAAAGAUUAUGCUAAAGAUACAGCUUUUCAGAAGGGUCAUCAAGCUUAUGCUGCUACUACAGACACCCUUUCAAGUGCUGCACAAACUGCAGAUUAUGCUAAAAACAUAGCUCUUGAGAAGGGUCAGCAAGCUUACUCUACAACUAAAGAUACCCUCUCAAGUGCUGGACAAAAUACACUUCAAUCAGCAAAGAAGGCUAAAGAUUAUACCCUUCAAAAGACCGGAGAGGCUAAAGAUUAUGCUAAGGACACAGCUUUUGAGAAGGGCCAAGAAGCAGAUCAUGCUAAAAACAUAGCUCUUGAGAAGGGUCAACAAGCUUACUCUACAACUAAAGACACCCUUUCAAGAACUGGCCAAACUGCAGUUCAAUCAGCACAAAAGGCUAAAGAUUAUGCUAAGGACACAGUUCUUGAUAAGGGUCACCAAGCUUAUGCUGCUACUACAGAUACCUUUUCAAUUGCUGGACGAACUGCAGCUCAAUCAGCCAAAAAGACUAAAGAUUAUACCCUGCAAAGUGCAGAGGUUGCGGCGGAAAAGAGCAAGAAUGCAGCAAGCUAUGUCGGGCAGAAAGCAGUAGAAGCGAAAGACGUCACAUUAGAAACGGGCAAAGGAGCAUUAGGAUAUGCAGGGGAAGUAGCUGAGACUGUGAAGGAAAAAACUGCAGUGGCUGGCUGGGGUGCUGCACACUAUACAGCAGAAAAAGCUGCAGAUGCCACCAAAGCUGUGGUUGGUGCUGCUUCUAGUGUCGCAGGGUAUACUGGGGAAAAGGCGGUGGCCGCGAAGGAUGCAGUGGCUGGUGCUGGAAUGAAUGCUGUGGGAUAUGUUGAGAAUAAGGUGGCUGGUGCAAAGGAUUAUGUGGUUUCAACUGAAGAAAGUGCGGCAGAGUAUGCUGCUAGGAAGAAAGCUGAAGCCGAGAGGGAACUAGAAGCUAAGAGAUCAUACGAUUUCAAGGGAGAAAGUGAAGGUGGAUUCAUUAGUGAGCAAAAGCAAGAAACAAAGUGGGAAGAAGCCGAAAAUGAAGAAUUUCAAGACUUCACUCCUGAAGAAUCAGGAGGAGAGCAAAGCAAGCAGAAGCAAGGAGGGCUGUUAAAAGCCAUUGGUGAAACUAUAGUGGAGAUAGGCAAGACAGCAACAGAUCUUAUUGCUGGACGUGGGCAUUCUCAAAGUGGUAAUGAUCAUGAAUCAGUGCACAUGGAGAAGAAAGAAGAUCAGUCACAAUAGAAAUUUGGGCAUUUUGAGCCAUCUUAAUUGUUGUUUGUCAAGUGUUUUUAACUCUUUCAAAGGGUCAGUUUUGAGGAGCCCUAAUAUUAAGGGCUCUGAAACUUGUUUUUGUUGUUGGUUUAACUUUUUUCUUUUAAGAGUGACUGAUGUUUAGCUGGAGUUCAUACCCUUGUAGUCCUAUAAUGUGUCUAGCAGAGAAACAUCCUUUUGCUAGCAAAGACAGAAUAGUAUCCUCUUUUUUUUGGAUCAUC